CAUCACAGCUAGGCGAACAGAGCGGUCGGCGAGCAUGUUUCAGUUUGUUAUGAUUGGUUCUCGGCGUGUAGCUCAAGUCAGUUUUGAAGUCACGGGUGCCAGGCCAGCCCACCACAGGACCAGUGACCAGCCCUGCCUCCACACCACCAUGUAACUUCCUGUCGUCAUUUACACCCUCAGGAGUGCAGGUAUCAAGGUCUGUGUCAUGGAAGGGAGUCAGUGGACAGCUCCCAUCUGGCCCAAGUUUGCCCCCCGCAGUGAAGACAAAAGAAGGGAUUUUCACUAUAGCUAUCCAGAUUGGGGCAACAUAGGGCCAGCCACUGCCGCUCUCGCACAAUGUACAGAUUUGCAGAUGGAGUCUUCCAAAGCACCUUCAAGCUCUUGCUUUACGACACUGAAGGAUAUUCAGAAGAAGUUUCCCUUAAAGACGACUUGUCAAUUUUCUUACCCCCUCCUUCAUCCACAAAGGUCAUACUCUCACAGUUGUGUUCAGCACCCUCUUGUUGGGAAUUGUAUUGAUGUAGUGGAGGUUGGUGAUCAGAGUACAGUAGUGCAUGUGGACUUGACCAGUGCUAAACAGCAGGCAGUAGUAGCUUCUAGGUUGAGGCCUGGUAGAUAUUACCAAAAGGAUGAACCCAUAACAGAUGAUCCAUUUUUUCACUUGGAAAAGCAGGAUAAUAUUUUAGUUGACCAUGUAUACCAGGUUGUAUCAAAAUCAUAUCAUAAUGAUGUUCAUGUCCUUGUGAGAUGCCCUACUGCAGUGCAUGUAGCAGCUUUGGGACAAUCAGGAUUUGCUAGAGACACAAUUAAAUCUUUCGAUAGUUCCUUAACAUCAGAUGCAGCUCUGAGCAGCAUUGUGCCUGGGUUGUGGUCAUUAGUCACUGCUAAUGGGGAAGUCAGCCUUUUUGAUGCUGAAGCCAGAGAGCCACUCUGGAUGACAUGCUGCCUACGAAGUAGAAAUAGUAAGAAUGAAUCAGCAAGGACAUUUGGUUGUGACUUUGGUAGACAUCCUCUUAACCUUUUUGUUAGGAAUGAGGGGCAAUUGUGGCUGUAUGAUACAAGGAAAUCUCCUGAUUUCCCAGGACCUUUGUUUGACUUAAAGAAAAUUGAGGAAUAUGCUUCUGCUCAAGAGAACAUUUGUUCCUUUAUCCCAUGUAGUGAUCAACCACACGUGUACAUAGUGAUGGAUGAAAGUGUGUAUGUUGUGGAUGACCGUCAGCCAAAGACUCCAGUCAUGCACUGGAGACACAUGCUGCCAGAAAGUCCUACAUUUUCAGCAUUAAAAAGAUUUGAAUCUCUUGAAAUUCUGAUGCUAUCAUGCACUCAGAACAAGGAAAUUAGUAUGAUUUGCAGUGAGUGGGAGUGUGGAAUGCAGCAGUGCUUUGGUGUUGGUUUACCUCACCAUUUCCCAACCGUUCGUGACACAGCUGCUUUUGCUCACUCCCGUUGUCUGUGGUUCACCAGUCAGGUGCAGGAGAGGCUGGAAGAGAGCACUUGGCUGGGCACAGCAUUGCUCUCCCAUCCAGUGGAAAGUGAUCGCUUGUUAUUUAUUUCAUUACAUAAUACUGGGGACAUAUUUUCACAUCCAUUUCAGAGUUUACAGACGAAAACUAAUUCAACUCUAAGCAUUGAAAAGAAGCAAGGUGAAACUAUGCUUGACAAGUGGGAGAGAGAUGUUGUGGAGGUCAGUACACACAAUUGGUUAUUUCAAAAUGUAAAAUAUUUUGAUGUGUCCGGUUUCUUCCAUCAAGUACUCAAUAAACAAUCUUGUGGAUAUGUUGAAGAAAUACUAGAUGGUCUGCCAGAAAUAAAGCUUAAUCAUUUGAAUGAUAAAACUAACAGUAGUAACAGUAUGCAAAUUUUAGCUUCUAAGACUAACAAAAACAAACAAGUAUCCCCUAACACUAAAAAGGCUGCUAAGAGCUGCCUUAAGAUAAUUGAAAAAGUAGAAAAAUCUACAGAUUGUAAUGGUGAGAAUUUCCAUAAAAAGACCAGCAAUAUAUGGAAUUUGAAAGACCAGGUGCAAAAGUACAAAAGUAAUUGGGCAUCAAAGUCCAGUAGAGCAAGAUCCUGGAAUAGAUCCUUAAUGGAUGCUUAUGUCAUAGAUCCCAAUGCAGAUCCUUUUUGUGAUCGUUAUAUACACUCAAAUGACUCAGUCACUGAGAACUGUCUCAAUAAAUUUCUUCCUAAAGACAUGAUUGCAGAUUUGAAGAUAGACAAAAUUAAAAGUUGUGAAGACUUUUUAGCUUCCAAAAUAACAUCCUUGUGGCUUGGUGAACAUAAUACAAGUGUUAGAGAUGAAAAGGCUGGGAUAGAGCAACAUGAAACGUUUGAUAAGAGACUUUCAAAUCUAAUAGGGAUUCCAACAACAAAAAGAAAACAUGGGUUCCAGUACCACACUGCUCCUGUUGAUCUCAGUGAUGUGUCUGCCAGACUUAACAUGUUAUAUCAAGUGAGAAAUGAGCCAAGUCCUGAGCCUUAUGAGACUUCUGGCUAUCCUUCAGCAUCCAUCCUAGAAUCUAGUCAAAGUGCAUCAGUGAAAUCCAAAGGGACUUUGAAAAAAAAAAAAAAGAAGAGGUUAGAUGGCUUUUAGAAAGUAAUUCACAAGCAAAACAAAGAAAGAUGACAAAUAGGUUCUCAGUGAUGGUCAUGUUCUUUUACUUCUAGAUGAAGCACAAAGAGAAAAUAAAUUGUUUGAAAUUAAUGAUUUAGUCAUCAUAGAAUCCAAAAGUAAUAGAUUUUAUCUUAAAAGUAUACUUUGAACAAAUCAAUUUUUUUUUCACAAAUGUAAAAGCAGCAAAAGCUGAUUUUAGAUUUUAGCAUUGGUUUUUUAUCUAUAGUUGUCAUCAUCAUAAUGGCAGUACUAUAAAGGAUUGAUGUUAAGAUAUAAGGAAUGGAAAUGAAGCUUGUUAUAACAAGGUACUAUAUUUGUCACCAUUCAGCGUCAGUAAAGGAAGGUUUGUGUCAAUGUGCACUUCCCCUGUGAUAGUGAAGACUGACUCAGCUGCAUAUUGUGGCAGAGUUGAGAGAUUACUUGCACAUCAUUCUGUACAUAUUGCAAAAGGUACCUAAAAGGUAUUGAAUUAGGAGGCUGAGUAUGACCCUGGUAUUUUAUUACUACAAAACAUUGUUUAUCAUUUUGUUGUAGCUGCCAUACAUGUCAGUCAGGAGCCAAGAUUGAUGGAUGAACUUUUAAUGUGUUAUGUAUAUUACUGUUUUUGUAAGUUUUAUAUAUUUGUACAAUAUAAAGGAAAAUAUAUUUAUUUUUGUAAAUUUGAUAAUAGUACUACAUUAAAAAUAAAACAAUAUA